CUGCCCGCUUGAGAAUGCUCUUAAAAAAUAUAAUUGGAUCGGUGUUGAAUAGGAAUUUGAGGGUCUCUGUUUUCUCUUUUUGGUUGUCAACAGAUACCCACUUACAAAAAGUCAUUGUUUUUGCUGUGUUUUUUUCUCAGCUACUAGAAUUCCCCCAAAUUCAUCUGGCCCUUUGGUGUAUAAGAAUUUUCUUAUUUGGAUUUAUCAAGUUUUAAAGAUAAUAUUUUAGAAAAAAAAAAAAAAAAAGCUAGCUUUAAUCGGCUUUGAUAAGAGAGAACUGGAAUUUCGAAACGACAUAAUUUGCUUGUCAAUAGUUGAUGAUAUGACACUAAAGGAAAGUCUUUAACUUAAAGUAGUGGGGCAAAAAUAAAAUAUUCCAACACUUAGAAUUUUUAUUGUGGUCGUUCAGAGAUUAUGUGCUUAUGGUGUUAAAUCAGUUAAUAUCUGAAGUUUCUGUUGCAGCAUGGGAAUAGAGAGAUUGAAUGUGUUCCAAGACUAUGAUCUCACUUCUUUGCCAAGCUGAUAAUUACUUUAUUUUUUUCGCUAAUUCUUGAUGGGAAUUGUCGAGCUAUGGCAAAAUUGGUCUUUUCGUUGAAGGGCAGAUUAUAUUAUCCAAAAGUUUUUGAUUGGUGAAGAAUUUGAUGCGUCUGUUACGGCUUAUGAAGGCAAAAAGAAGGCUCUGGUACCUUGUCAUGUAAAGAAAGCUUAGCAACCUUGGACUUUACUCUGUUGAGAAGCUUGGAAUUUUUCGAUAGACAGAUCUAUUUUGGUUAUGUUUUUGCUUUGCUUCUCGGCCAUAUCGAAUUUCGGCACUUUAAAUUGAGGAAAAAAUUUGGAGGAAGAAAGGAUAAUUACGUUAAAGGAUCUUUGCAGUGACCAUGGCCAAAAAAUCACAGAAACGUCCAGUGCGAUAUGAGAAAGAUCACUUUGGCUGUAUGUGGGGUUUGAUGAAUAUAUUUGACUUCCGCCAUGGUCGCUCCACUCAGAGAUUGCUUUCAGAUCGGAGGCGUUCUGGAAGACCUGCAGUCAGUGCAGGAUCCCCAAUAAAUAAGCUUCAUAUGUUGACCUGGAAUGAUAAUUGUGAAGGAAACUUUGAUGGUGAAGAUGAGACUAGAGCUGUGGUGGUUGAUGGUGGUAAGCCAAGUGUGAAAAGUCUCAUAGAAGAAGAGAUGAUUAGCGAGCAGGAUGCCAAGGAGAUAAACAAUGCUGAGGUAAAACCAAAAGCUUCUGAUUCAGAACAAGGAAACCGCAGAAAGAAGUCCCGCAAAAGAAUGAAAAAGGCUCAAAAGAAAAGCUAUGAUAACAUCCAUGAUCUGAAUGCUCCUGAAAGUGUAAUAUCUGAAGAAUCUUGUCAACACAUUUCAGAACACCAAUCAACAGGUAGCCUUGAUAUAGAAAAUGUAAUGGAAGAGUUGAGCCACCAGAUCUGUCAGAAAGGUGUGACUUGUGCAGAUCAUGACCAGCCUGAUGAACUUCAUGUGCAAUCAAACCAAAAGAAUCCUGAUUUUGAUGAAAAAUUGAGUGAAGCAAUCAAGUUGUUAAUAGGACAGAAACUCAUUAAAGGGAAAAAUCUCUCAGAAGAUGGGGAAAUCCAUUUCUCCAAUGAACUUCAGGAUGCACUUCAGAUUUUAGGUUCAGAUGGGGAAUUAUUUCUGAAACGUCUGAAAGAUCCAAAUUCAUUUCUGCUGAAAAGCAUUCAAAAAUUUCUGGAUUCACAGUUAGAGAAAGAUGAAGACACCAAGCCAAUUGCCGGAUCCAAUAUGUCGGAACAGGAGGUAAGUAAUUAUGGUCACUCUGGUGAGCUUGUCAACCAUAAGCAGCGCAGAUUUUUCCAGAAGAAGGUUAAAUCUCAGGAAAGAAAUCUAUUGAAUGGAAAUAAGGGUUCUCAAACAUCAAAUAGAAUUGUUAUUUUGAAGCCUAGGCCAACAAGUUUGCAAAGUCUUGAAUCUGAAAGAAGCAUUGGCACAUCACCCGAACCUCAAUACAGUGUCAGAAACAAGGGACUAAAUGAGAGAAUUGGUUCCCACUUUUUUCUAUCUGAAAUUAAAAGGAAGUUGAAAAAUGCUAUGGGAAAGGAGCACCUGAGAACCCGCUCUGAUGGUAUUCCAAUAGAGUUAGCAUAUGAGCGUCAGAAUUCAGGGGAUAGAGACAGAGGGAUUAAGGAGAAUGUAGGAAUUAGCUCUCCAUCGAAAGACCAUUUCUUUAUCGAAAGAAUUGGUAGACCUGUUGGUGUAAAGAAAGGAGAAAAGAUUGGCAAGCUGAAAGACUGUAACUUAGAUGCAGAAGAGAGAAGCACUAAUUUGCCUAAGCAAAGGGUGUCUAACAUUUAUAUCGAGGCUAAGAAACAUCUCUCUGAGAUGCUGAAUAAUGGUGAUGAAUAUAUGGAUCCAAGUAGACGUGUUCCAAAAACACUUGGAAGAAUUCUCUCUCUUCCUGAGUAUAACUUCUCUCCUGUUGGUAGUCCUGGAAGAAACUGGGAGCCUAGCUUUGUAACUGCACAGAUGAGAUUUCUUGACUCUGACACUUUGAGGGAGAUGAAUGAGAGCACAUCAUCUCUUGAACAGGACAGACAUGUUAGCCAUCUGACUGAAACAACAAUAAGUUUAGAGACUGAGCCAUGCAUAUCUGAUGGAAUAACUGAUGAUAAAGUACAAGCUACUAACUUUGAUUCAAAUAGCUCGGUCAAGCAGUUUCAUGAUGAUGAAGUGGGUAAAACCUCCCUUUUUAUUAGAGAUGAGGUUGUCUCUAAAGACAAUGUGGAAAUUGUAAACACAAAUGGAGCUGUAGUCCAGGAAAAGGGCAGUGUCUUGGAUGCUCCCUGUGAACCAAGUAGCUCUUUCAGCAUUAAAGAUGAUGACCAGAAUCUUGAUGUGUCAGACAUUGUUGAUGGACAAAGUUAUUGCUCCAACAUCGAACAGGAACAAUCUGUGGAUGACCAACUGCCAUUGACUCCAUCAGCAUUUCCAUCAAUAUCUUCAACCACCAAGAAGGUUGAAGAUCAAGGGAGUUCUAUUGAUAUAUUGGAGCGACCAAGCCCUGUGUCUGUUCUUGAGCCCCUAUUUGCAGAGGAGGACAUUAGCCCUGCAAGCAUCAGAACUCGUUCUGCUGAAGUACCAGUACAACCACUUCGAAUUCAAUUUGAAGAAUGUGACUCUGCCACUGAAGAUCAGAAUGUCCAAUUGAAAAGUUCUCUGGAAGACAAGAAAUCAAUAUUUGAGUAUGUAAAAACAGUGUUACAAACCUCUGGCUUAAUCUGGGAUGAACUUUUUAUUAAGUCCCUUUCUUCAGACCAGCUUCUUGACCCAUCAUUAUGUGAGCAGAUAGAGUUCUUUCCCAGCCAGCUCUGUUAUGAACAUAAACUCCUCUUUGAUUGCAUUAACGAAGUUCUCAUGGAAGUUUGUGGGCACUACUUUGGUUGUAUGCCUUCUGUAUCAUUUGCUAAACCUUACAUCCGACCAGUCCCAAACAUGCAAAAUGCUCUUCAUGAGAUUUGGAAAGGAAUCUUAUGGCAUCUCAUCCCACCGCCAGUUCCUCAUACGUUAGACCAGACUGUCAGAAAAGACAUGGCUAAAUCUGCAUCGUGGAUGGACCUUCGAUGUGAUACUGAUGGAAUUGGUACUGAAGUGAGUGAAGAAAUUCUUGAAGAAUUGAUGGAAGAUACCAUAUUAAGCUUAGUAAAGGAAAGUCCUGAAAGCGGAUGUCUGGAGAUUCUGGCUGUGAGGUAAAGGAUGAGAAUCUAAUGUAAAUCAGAAUACACUUCAUUGUUCAUAUCAAUAAUUGUAACCCACCUUGUGUCAUGGUGGGAGGAAAAGUAGAUUGCUCGUCUAUUAUGCAUCAAGUAGAGGAUCAGUGACAUCUCAUCACAGAAAGGGAGAAUUUGACAGCAUCCUCUUAACUUUGCCACUGGAUCAUGUAGAUAUACUCAAUCUUUUGUGUCAUUUAACCAUAAUUGGGAGCUUUCUUAGGCUGGAAAUCAUCAGAUGGACCCUGCUUGAGCAAAGAUCAAAUAACUCAAAAGUACUCAUUAUUAUACAAAGAAAGGGUGACUUCUGCUGCAACUUUUUCAGUGGUGACAUAUACUCUGUAAGUUACGGAUUUGGGCAUUUCACCCAACGACUAUAAGUAGUGCUCUCAUUACAUAACUUGUAGAGUUUGGUGUGUUCUUUAUUUUGUUUGAUUUUGUUUCAUUCUUCUUUCUCUUAUUUUGUUCCACUGGUUUGCUAUUGUAUUUAUAAAGUUGGAUGGAAGUGUUGCUAGCUGUGUUAUAUUAUAAAAGCCGAAAAGUAAAUGAGAUUUCACGCCUGUGUGUUAGUA